GGGGCAUGCCGGGCUCGCCGCAGCCCGCAACAUGGCGUCGUGCUGUCACCUGUGUGUGUGAGGAGGGGAGCAGGAGCUGGACGCUGCGCCCCGGGCACGGCCGCCGCUAGAGAGCCCCGCGACCCCCCCCUCGCGGCCCCGCUUCCCCUCAGGGACCCCCGGCGCUCAGCUCCCUCCCGCCAGCGCGCCAGGGACCCCUCUCCCUCCCCACCUCCCCCCGCCAUGCGGGGGUAGCGGGGCCCGCCGCGCUUCUGCCCCAGGGUCGCCCGGUGCCAGCCCCAUGGGGUCCCCGGCGGCCGCCGCGGCCGCGGACUCGGCCCAGUGGCUCUCGGUGAAGGAGGAGACCAUCUUCCUCCACGACGGGCUGAUCCGGGUCACCGACCUGGCCGAGCUGCCCAGCGAGAUCGUCGGGGUGGCCGAGCCCGGGGACACCGAGCUGGAGAUUCUAACAUUUGAGACUAAGAAUCCAACGGAACUAGCUGAGCGUUUGCGUUCUGUAUGCGGAAACCAGAGCAACGCCUAUGCCCGUCUGCUUGAAUACCGUUUAAAUGCUUUGCGUGGACUCUGGAAUGCCCAGCGCCAGCUAGCCUUGGAAGAACAACAUGAACGGGAAAAUUCUGGGGAUGAAGAAACAUUGGCCUUGCUCAAGCGUCAGGGUUUGUUACAGCAACCUGAGCAGGCACCAUUUACUUCACGGAUGGGACUUCUAUUGGUCUUUCCUCUCAUUCAGUCUCAAAGUAGAACAGACCCUUCUCUCUGUAACAUAACUGCUGAGGUACUGUUGAAUUGCCUUCGAGAUUGCCAGCCUUUGAGUUUGACUAAGGAACCAGCUGACUGUCUUAAUGGAAUUGAAUCUUUGCUCUGCUCCUGGUUGGAGGAAACAUCUGCCUCAGGCCAACAGAUUCCAUAUAAGCAAAAAGAGAAUGCUGCUGCUGCCCUUGUUGCCUUGGCCUGUGCAAGGGGAUCACUGAAAACUUUUGUUCACACAGUCCAUCUAUUACAGAAACAGACAGACCUGGGAUCCUUGCCUGUGGCUGAUAUAUUGUACAGGUUGCUGCUUCUGGAAGGCGGGCCUGGAUCUCCCUCCUGUUUGCUUGGGGGAAAACACAUGGUAUCUUGGGGGUUUGAAGAUAUGUUACCUGCACCUGAUGCCAACAGUGGCUCCAGCUCUGAAAACAAAGAUGCAGACUUAGGGCGCUGUCUUGCAGCAGAUGGACUUUAUCUUUAUACAACUAAUUCAGUAGGCAGAGGAGUAAGCAAAUUAGGAUCUGGAUUACACGGUACUUUACGAGGCUUUGUAUACUGUCGUAAUGAGGAGUUGGAGACUGGAUGGGUUGCUUUUGGCAAUGGCAAACUUCUUCAUCGGCCUGUCUCUUUUGAUAAUAAGCCUCACUCCCUUUUCCAGGUCAUUGACCAGAAUACCCUUCAGGUAUGUCACAUACUCCCCAUGCCAGUAAAUCACUUCCCAGUUGGCAGUACUAUGACCACAGUACAUCUUUCUUCAGAUGGUACCUAUUUCUACUGGAUCUGGUCUCCUGCAAGCCUGAAUGAAAAAACACCAAAGGGACACUCUGUCUUUAUGGAUAUUUUUGAACUUGUAGUAGAAAAUGAUAUAUGUAUAGCAAACCCUCUUCAGGAGCGCAUUAUUCUAAUGAGAAAAGAGGGAGAAUCUGCAAAGAGUAUAAAUGAGAUGCUUCUGAGUAGGCUUUCAAGGUACAGAGCCUCCCCAUCAGCAACACUGGCUGCUCUAACUGGCUCUACAAUUUCCAAUACAUUGAAAGAGGACCAAGCAGCUGCUAACACUAGUUGUGGGCUACCACUAAAAAUGUUACGAAAGACUCCAAUGUACACAUGUGGAACAUAUUUGGUGAUGUUGGUCCCACCUCCAGGUGGGUCAGGCAGCUCUGCGACACGAUCACUGUUUGGUGGGACAAGUGGUUUGUCAUCUUUGAAAAUUCUUGCUUCUAGCUUGGUAUACAAUAUUUCAGAUGGGCAGUUCACAAGCCGAGCGGAUCUCAUUGAUGCCGCAGGAAGUUCGCUUGGACGUGGUGCUCUAAUACCAGGACUUGGUGCAUGUUAUGAUACUAUGAAUAACAUGAUAUGGACGUGCUCUAAUGACUAUAUUGAUCAGUGGUGUAAUCCUGGAAACCAAGCAUUCCAUUAUGUCUGUCAGAGACUGGGAGUUAGUCAUAUCAUCACAGAGCCCAGAGGAGAUGCUAUAACCACAAAUGAGGUUAUCAACCAGUUACUGCACCACGUUGGUGCCAUGUGCAUACACCAACUAAAUCUGCUUGCAGCCAGUAACAAUCUCCCAAUAACAAAUUUUUUGGGCAAACAACAUCCAAUUGAAGCACACCAUCUCAGCAGUAUUUGCGACAUCAUGGAGAAAGCUAUGGUGAAUGGAGAUACUUGCAUUAUACGCUGCAUCCUUGUUGUCUUUCAGGUGGUUUUUAAAUUUUUCUUCAGCCCCCAAACUGAGAGAAAUAGAGACAUUAUUAGAAGGUCUGGCCUUUUACUUUGGCAGUUACUGAUGGCACCAAAGAGCCAGAUUUGCCCUGAAAUUCAGAAGGAGGUCUGUCUAGCAAUCAGCUCUGGCUUAAAUAUACUAUAUCCUGGAGAAGUGGAAAUUAAUAACUUACUUAAGUUGGUCUUGACGGAAGGAGAGAGAAAUAGUGGGCUCUCCCAACUUCGUGAUGUGAUCCUUACUAACUUAGCUGAACAGCUUCAGAACAACAGAUUUGGAAGUGAAGAUGACGAUCAUUACAGACUAAACGAUGAGCUUUUGCACUACAUUCUCAAGAUCGUUGUUCGAGAAUCUUGCAUCUUAAUCACCAAGUGCCAAACUGUAUCUAAAGAUGAAUUUCAAAGACUUCUUUCAACUGUGCCUGCUGCAUCUUCAUGUUUGCGGUAUCUGAUGGCUGUACAGAACCACCUUCUGAGUAAUACUAUUUUGAUUAAACCUGAUGAAAAUGAUGACAGUGACAGCUCCUUGCAGGGAGAGACAUUGAAGGAGCUAAAGACCAGUAUUUUGGCUCUUGCUACACAAAUCCUGACUGGAUGUGAUGAAGUUUUAGAAAUACUGCAACAGGUCACUACAGCUGUUAUAAACAGCAACAUUUCUGACAGAGAGCAGAGGUUAAAGGGCCUGGAACAAGUUACCAAAGCUACUAUGCUUGGUCACCUGCUUCCGGUAUUACUGACGUCUCUGAUGCAUCCAAAUUUACAGACGCUAACCAUGGCCGAUGCACUGAUGCCUCAGCUGGUACAGCUGGUACUUUAUACCAGUCAGACGGCCUUGUUGCUUAAAACCCAGUCUCCAGUUUUCUCAGAGGUGGGCAGUUCCCCCAGUGGUACCUCAGAGCAGAAGGGCAAGCUGUUCCCUGAUGAGAGAAUAUUAGAAGAGAAAGAGGAGCCAGGUUUUCUCACUGGCUUGAAAAUCCCAGCUCCCUGGGCUGCUGGGAAAACUGUAGAAACAGUGCAUCCUGUCAGGGACAACUAUAAGUUUAAAGAAACUGUACAUAUUCCAGGAGCCCGCUGUUUAUAUCUUAGAUUUGAUAGCAGAUGUUCUUCACAGUACGAUUAUGAUAAGUCUAACAGUGUAUUUUAUGUUUUGAAGUUGGUGAUCUAUGCUGGUCCUAACACAAACAGUAGGAAGGUUGCUGAGUAUGGAGGCAAUACACUGGGAUAUGGCAGCCGUAGUGUCUUAGGAACGGGUUGGCCGAAAGACUUAGUGAAGGUGGAAGGGGAUACAGUCACCUUCUCCUUUGAAAUGAGGAGUGGCCGUGAGCACAACACUCCGGACAAAGCUAUGUGGGGCUUUGCUUGCACUGUUCGAGCACAGGAGUCUUCAGAAGAUGUGUCAGGAGGAUUACCAUUCUUGGUUGACCUGGCUUUAGGCCUUUCUGUGUUAGCUUGCUCCAUGCUAAGGAUACUAUAUAAUGGACCAGAAAUUACCAAAGACGAGGAAACAUGCCAGGAACUCUUAAGAUCUAAACUGUUACAGAGAUGCCAGUGGCAGGUGGAGGCCAACGGAGUAAUAUCUCCAGCCCUCACUCCAAGUCCUUCUCCACUGCCUCUUACUAUAGAUGAGGAUCGAGAAUUCACAUAUCCUUCUGAUGUCCUAGUGCCUCCUGUCGGACAUCACUUUGAUCUGCCUAGGAUCAGGUUGCCUCCAGGAAUCAUGAUAAAACUCAGGGAAAUAUCUGGACGUGCUCGGCCUCAGUUUAGACCUAGUAUAAAGGAAGUGAUUCAGCCAGAUGUAAUGGAGGAGAUGGUAGUUUCAUGUGUUAUUAAACAUUUGAACUUGGUUGAUGCACUCCAGUCUCUAAUAAACUUCCAGUAUCAGGAAGAACAUGCUGAGGAAUAUGAUUUGCUGUGUAAAAUUAUGGGUGAGACCUUUAAGAAGCUAAAUGCCAUGGAAAGACAAUUGCAGAGUGUAGCUGAAUUGGAACAGAGAUGGCAGAAUGAGGUAGAUGAUGCCAUACAUGGGAAGCUGGAAAACAAUGUUCCAUUCUUUUAUGAUUAUCAUUUCAAUGAGAGCAAAAUGAAAGAAUUGGAACUUUUAUGUUCAAUGAAAGAAAUUUCCUUUGAUGGAAGUGAUAUUGAGAAUAUGGUCCUGUCAUUGAGGGAGAAAUUUUUUCAAGAAGUCAAUUCUCUGAUUCAGAAGCCCUCACAUCCCUUGGCUAAAACAAAAACAUUAGUAAAGAGCUUGAUGAAUAGAGCAGAGCUACUGUUGCAUGUUACUAUUGCAGCACAAGCUGGUAUCACAAGAAGUAUAUCUGGUACCCCUGCCGAGACACCAGCUUGUAAAUCAGCAUCUGAAACGAAAGUGAUAUCUCAUGCUGUCCGCCAGCCUGUCUUCCUUCGUAGCAUGUCUGCACCUUCUGACCUAGAAAUGAUUGGAAAUGAAGAUUUGGAGUUCACUAGAUCAAGUCAGAGGCGGCGCCAUGUUACUAGUCAUAGGAGUAGCUCUUUUACUCUUCUUCAAUCUUUGACCAUCGAAGAUAGCAGAGAUAAACCUACAUACAGUGUCUUGUUAGGGCAGCUGUUUGCUUUCAUUGGGACAAAUCCUGACCAAGCGGUAUCCAGUAGCAGUUUUCUGUUAGCUGCUCAGACCAGGUGGCGUCGUGGGAACACAAGGAAACAGGCACUGGUGCAUAUGAGAGAGCUCCUAACAGCAGCUGUUCGGGUUGGUGGUGUUACACAUCUUGUGGGUCCAGUGACUAUGGUACUUCAAGGAGGACCAAGAAUCGAAGAACUCACUUGUGGCGGGAUGGUGGAACAAGUCCAAGAAGCCUUUGGAGAGACCAUGACCUCGGUGGUUUCACUGUGUGCUCGUUACCCCAUUGCUUGUGCAAAUAGCAUUGGCCUCUUGUGCACUAUACCAUAUACAAGGAGUGAAGAGAAGUGCUUGGUACGCAGUGGCCUGGUGCAGCUUAUGGACAAGCUCUGUAGUUUAAGCAGCCAGACAGAAUCCAGCUCAAAUGAAAAGCAGACUAAAAAACAGAAGGUGGCUACUAUGGCCUGGGCUGCCUUCCAGGUCCUAGCCAAUCGCUGUGUUGAAUGGGAAAAAGAAGAGGGUGGUUCAACAGAGGCUGUUCAUUCUGGUCUGGCUCGUCAAGUCUCCAGCCUUCUUACCAAUCACCUAGCACGAGCGACAGAAUGUUGUGGUAAUCAGGCCGCUGGAAAUGAUGCACUGCAAGAUGUACUUAGCCUUCUUAAUGACCUGUCAAGGAGUCACAUAGGUAAAGCUAUCCUGAGCCAGCCCGCCUGUGUGUCCAAACUUCUCUCGCUGCUUUUGGACCAACGCCCUUCUCCAAAACUCGUCCUUAUAAUCCUCCAGCUGUGUCGUGCUGCGCUUCCUCUCAUGAGCGUAGAAGACUGUGGAAAUGUUGAACUGCCCCCAUGGAGUUACUCAGUGCCCUCCUUGAAUAGUGAACAGGAUGACCCCAGUGACCCCGCCUCCAAGAUUGCAUCACUACUCUUAGCAAAAUUGGCAGAUUAUGUGGUGCCAGGCUGUCAGACAGUUCUGUCUCCAACUGCGUCUGAACCAGAUACCUCUUUGACAAAAACGAGCCCAAAAAAUUCCAUAAAAGGAGAUAAAGAUCCUGGAGAAGAGAGUGAGGCAGUGGAUGGUAAACUUUCUAUUUUUAUUCACAAACGGGAAGAUCAGUCAUCCCAUGAAGUCCUUCAGCCCUUACUGAGUAGUUCAGAAGGUCGACCAUUCCGACUUGGCACUGGAGCUAACAUGGAGAAAGUAGUGAAGAUGGAUCGGGACAUGACUAAAAGUGGCUGCUGUGAGGUUAUUACAGAAGAGGCUGCUGCAGCUCUUCGGAAGGCUACCAAGUGGGCACAGUCUGGCCUAAUUGUCAGUGUUGGGCCACCUAUUGAAUCUAUCAGUCCAGAAACCACUAGUGGGCUGUCAAUUGGCGACAAAAAGAAAACUGCUCAAACUUCCAUUUGCAGGGAGAGGAAUUCUGAACUUGCCAGAACAGAUCCUGUGCGCCCAUUUAUCAGUGGUCAUGUAGCAAACAGUAUGGCAGCAGAGGUGAUUGCUCUGCUUCAUAGCUUAUUGAUGGCACCAGAAUCGAAUGCAGCUCAAAUAUGGACAACAACGGCUGAAAAGGUUCUGUCUCGGGCUCUGAUGUACAUUCCACAACUUGGUAAAUACGCAGAGAGUAUCUUGGAAAAUGGGAGCAGCAAUGGCAGGAAACUUGCUAAACUUCAAAGAAUUGCUCGGCAGGCGGUGGCUGCUCUAUGUGCUCUUGGUGGCUUUAAAGAGACAAUUAAAAUAGGUUCUGAAGUGCAGGUUUUGGGUAGAGGAAUAGCAGGAAGCAUUGGAGUGGUGGCUUCUAUUAAUGAACAGGAAGGUAUAGCAACUGUCAAAUUUCCACCUGCCAGUAUAGACUCUAGAAAGACCUCACAAGCAUCAGACACAUUAACUAUUCCAUUAUCUAGGCUCUGUGUUCCAAGAUCUGAGGCAUUGCCUCUUCAUAAACUGUCCAUUACUGAGAAGGUAGUACAGGCAGUCCAGUCCAUGUUGCUUCCUCAGGAGGGAAGUCUAUCUAUUCAUACCUCACUUCCUGCAACAGGAGAUGGCUCAACUCCAGUAAUGGCAGUGGUCCGGCUCCUUGGUGAAAUAAGAACAAGAGCAUGCCUGGUGAUGGCCCAGCUAUUAGAAGACAGUUUGUUUUGUGAAGAAUUCAUACAACAAUGUCCAGCUGCUGUAGAAGUUCUUAACCUGGUGGCACAAGAGUGCAGCCCUGGGGAAAGGCUUCUCAUUGUAGAAGUGCAAUGUGAAAGGUUAAGAAUGUUGUAUCGAGAUUGUGCUCGUCCCCCACCUCCGCCUCUCCAGGCAGACAGAAGACAGCCCAAAGAGAUUACUUGGAGCCCUUCUAGAGUGUUUCCACCUGUGCGAGCCUGCAUGUUCUCAUCACAUCUUACAGCCGUGACCUUUUUGGCUGACCCUAGUGCAGGCGGGGGACUGCCUCGUGGCACGUUUAUCUACGCUACCUCCCCAGUUCCAGUACAAGCCCCAUCAUUUUACUGGGAGAUUGAAAUAGUUUCCUAUGGAGAUACAGAUGAUGACACUGGUCCAAUAGUUUCGUUUGGGUUUGCCACUGAAGCAGAAAAGCGGGACGGAGCGUGGACAAAUCCUGUUGGCACAUGUCUUUUUCACAAUAAUGGACGAGCUGUGCAUUACAAUGGCUCCAGCUUGCUACAGUGGAAGAGUGUUCGACUGGAUGUGACCCUUUCUCCUGGUGAUAUAGCCGGAAUUGGCUGGGAGAGAACAGAAGGCACUCCUCCCCCUCCAGGACAGCCAGCUAAAGGAAGAGUGUACUUCACGUAUUGUGGACAGCGACUUGGACCUUAUCUGGAGGAUGUCUCUGGUGGAAUGUGGCCAGUGGUGCACAUUCAGAAAAAGAAUACAAAAGUCCGGGCUAACUUUGGAUCUCGCCAGUUUGCCUAUGCUGAGGGACAAGCUCACAGGAAUGCUGCUGAUCUGUGCAUUGACCUAGCUGAAGAAAUAAGUGCCAACUUUGAAGCAUUGCCUUUUGCCAUGGCUUCCGAUAGCGAUAAUGAUGCUGGUACCAGCAUAGCUUCUGACCCUGGAACCCACGGACCUCCUUGUAGAAUUGCUGCUGUUGCCACAGCUCAGCAACAAUAUGACAGUGACACUUCUUGUCAUUAUAAAAUGGAACUCAGCUAUGAGAACUUGUUCACAUCAGGCCCAGAUCCACAUCCCCCUGCUAUUGCAGACGAUGAAAGCGAUGAUGAUGAUGAUGACGACAUCCCCCGGGAGGAUCACUAUGCCCUCUUGGUUAAAGCCUGGGAGACUAAAGUUUUCCCUACAAUUAGAAGACGGUUCCGCAAUGAAGCUGAGAGAAAGUCUGGUCUGGACCAGAUUAAAGGGGCUUUACAGCUAGGAAUGGUCGAUAUAGCCCGACAAACAGUAGAAUUCCUUUAUGAGGAAAAUGGUGGUAUCCCAAGAGACCUCUAUCUUCCUACCAUUGAGGAUAUCAAAGAUGAAGCAAAUAAAUUCACUAUUGAUAAAGUUCGGAAAGGCCUCACAGUGGUGACUCGCUCCCCAGACAGUAACAAUGUGGCCAGCAAUGCUGUGGGAACGGCUUUACCUAAAUUUGCUAUUCGUGGGAUGCUGAAGACAUUUGGUCUCCAUGGUGUUGUUCUGGACGUUGAUUCGGUAAAUGAAUUGGUGCAAGUAGAGACUUAUCUCAGAAGUGAAGGCGUGUUGGUAAGAUACUGGUAUCCUAUUGACAUGUUAGAAAGGCCACCUGCUGGCUAUAGGAGGACUGCAACAAAUGGAUUGGUUACUCUGGAUAAUACAAACAUCCAAAUUCACAGAGAACUUUUGCGAUGUGAAGCGUCACUUGCGCGGUUGUACUGCCGCAUGGCUCUCCUCAAUAUUUUUGCCCCCAAAUCUCCACAUAUGUUUACUCGUCUAUUUCAUAUUCCGGCUAUCCGUGACAUCACCCUGGAGCACCUGCAGCUGCUGUCCAACCAACUUCUUGCACCACCCCUUCCUGAUGGAACAAUCAGUUCAAGUUCUAUUCUUUUGGCCCAGUCCCUACAGCAUUGUAUCCAUUCCCAGAACUGUUCUGCCACAGACCUUUUCUACCAGGGCAAUUCACAACAAAUCAGGGAGUGGCUGACUGUAGCCAUCACUCGGACACUACAUCAAGGAGAGGAGAGUCUGUUAGAACUAACUAAACAAAUCUGUUCCUUCUUUCAGACCGCACCAGAACAAUUCCCCGCUGAAGAGUUCCCUAUUUCAGAGUCCAAAGUCAAUAUGGAUGUUAAUUUUCCUGGGGCUGCUUUUGUAGUUGUGUCCUGUAAGGAAAGUCAGUCUGGAUUCCGCAAAGAUUCCUCCCUGUAUAAGGCUCCGUGGGCUCGCGUGUUUGUCUAUGGUCUUGGUCAUAAAAUAAAGAGGAACGGUCAGUUAAACCUAACUGAGGCAGUAUGUUACCCUCGGGAUGCCUCUCCAACCAACACAGGCUUGACACCACCCCCAACAACCAAUCAGUAUCCUUCAGUGAUUAUCUCCACUGACAAGGUCCACAUCAAAUUAGGAGUAUCCCCCCCUCCUGGUGCUGUCUUAGUUUUGCAUUCUCUUCCGCUUGAAUUCCCUCUGGCUAUGGCGUUUACAGAACAGCUGUUAACGUGGAAAUUAGAGGAUGGUGAUGUAAAAUCAGAAGAUGAAUUGGAUACUAUCCCUGCUUCAGUUCUCCUACAAAUGGUGGAACUCUUAGGGAACUUUCUCUGGACGACAGACAUGGCAGCUUGUGUGAAGGAACUGAUAUUUCAUCUCUUGGGAGAGUUGCUUCGCAAAAUUCACAAUCUGGAACAGAAAAAGAACCCAGCAGGGUUGUCUUCUUCCAUUGCACUUCAGCUAAAUCCCUGUCUAGCCAUGCUUAUGGCUCUUCAGUCUGAACUGCACAAACUAUACGAUGAAGAAACUCAAAACUGGGUGUCUGGAAAUGCAUGUGGUGGCUCUGGUGUGGGAGUGGCUGACCAGGGAAGAUUUUCAACCUACUUCCAUGCUCUGAUGGAAGGCUGUCUAGCUGUAGCAGAAGUGACUCUGCCAAUCAACAUGAGUGUAACAGCUAGUGUGAUGUCCUCAACAAAUGCCCCAAAUCUAAGUGAUUCCUCUUCCUCCUCUUCAUCUUCUCCAGGACAGACGCCCCAGAGCCCAAGCCUCCUGUCAAAGAGGAAAAAAGUCAAAAUGAAGCGGGAAAAGACAUCGUCUUCAGGUAAACGGUCUUCAUCCCGAGCUGCUGAAACUGACGCUGCAGUUCUGAAUAUAGGAGGAAGCAAACCUGAGGAUAUGUUAUGGUUUCAUAGAGCGCUGACCUUACUUAUAAUUCUCAGACACCUAACUAAAAAGGAUCCACAAGGGCUAGGUGUGACAAAUGAUGCUGUAGCUGAUGCUUGCCAGGCACUAGUGGGUGCAACAGCUCAUAGUCGGUUACUUGUGAUUUCUGGAAUACCAACUCACUUAGAGGAGGGUAUUGUCAGAAGUGCAAUCCGGAAGGCGUGUAACGCACAUGGUGGAGUCUUCAAAGAUGAAAUCUACAUCCCCUUGCAGGAAGAGGAUCCCAAAAAAAUCAAGGACAAAGCAGGAGGAGGAGAAUGUAGGACUGAAUUGGAAAAACCAACUGUGUCUAGUAGUGCAGACAGUCUCGAUAUCAGCAGUUCUAGCAGCAUCACACCUGCCAUGAGUGUUAGUGCCUCAGCCUCUACAAGCCAGGCCUCCCUCUGCAGCUCGCAGGGUAUCUCUCGGACAAUUAGCGAUAUUUCUGUAGACCAGUUUCAAGCUGGACUGGAGUUGGCCAUUCCACCAGGACUGCUAGAGCCACAUGUUGUUUCCAGCCAGGAGAGCUUAGAUCUUUCACUUUGCAGCACUGGAAGCCUUGGCAGCCUUGGCAGUCUUGGGGAACAACUUGACAAUGUAGAAACAGCGUCUGUAUCUGAUGUUGGAUCAAUGUACACUGUCACGUCACUGGACAACCAGCCACUGAUGUCACGGCCAAUCAAGGGUUUUGCAGUAGUGGAGAUAAGGUCACGAGCUAAAAUAGAGAAAAUCCGAGCCAGUUUAUUUAACAGUAGUGAUCUGAUUGGUUUGUCAAGUCUGGAUGGUGAAGAUGAACUAAUGGAAAUGUCAACUGAGGAGAUUUUAACUGUAUCUACUGUAAAUCAGAGUUUAUUUGAUACACAAGGGAGCCCAGUCCUAGAAGACUAUUUUAAUGAUAAAUCGAUAAAAGGUGAGAAAUUGGUCCCAGGUGCUCGAGAAGUCCUCACAGACAUAUUUAAGAGCUGUGUUCACUCUGAACAAAUGCUGAGCCUAACUCCAGCAAAACCCAUUAAAGUUGCUGAUAUUUAUCUGAGCAAAGAGCAAAUAAAUUCCCAGACUCCUGGAAACCUUCUCCAUGUUUUCUUCACAAAUGUCCGCCCACCAAAGAAGGUGCUGGAGGACCAACUCACUCAGAUUUUAAGGAAAUACGGUGUGCCCAAGCCUAAGUUUGACAAGAGCAAGUAUAACAAGGCAGGCAAAGAGCAACAUCCAGUGAAAGUUGUGAGCUCCAAACGUCCGGUUACUAAACCACCUGCAAAGGAAAAAUCUGUGCUCAAUAGUGUCAGCAGAACAGCUUUAAGUGAGAAGAAACCUACUGUAAAGCCAAAAUCUCCAGAGAAGGGCAAACCUGAUGAGAAGGACCCCGAGAAGUCUCCUACAAAGAAACAAGAAGUUCCAGAAGAGAAGUAUUUGACACUGGAUGGAUUUCACAGAUUUGUUGUUGAUCGAGCCAAACAGGACAUCCGUAGUGUCUGGAGAGCUAUUUUGUCCUGUGGAUAUGAUCUUCAUUUUGAAAGGUGUGCCUGCAUUGACGCAAGACAUGCUCAGAAAGCAUCCCGGAAGUGGACUUUGGAAAUGGACGUAGCCCUUGUGCAGUACAUCAACCGACUCUGCCGUCAUCUUGCAAUUACCCCAGCACGACUGCACCCGCACGAAGUUUACCUAGAUCCCGCUGACGCAGCUGAUCCCAGAGUCUCUUGUCUGCUGAAUGUUCCCAUUGAGAGUCUACGUCUGCGUUUUGCACUGCUUCAGUCUCUGAACACCAUGCUGGAGACCUUCUUCCUUCCACUGGUGGAGCUGCGACAGACAAAAAUGUACGCUAACAGUAUUGCUGUGUUACUGCGAGAGGCCAAAGGUUUAAUCUUUUAUGACACAAAGGUGACUGUAAUGAAUCGAGUGCUGAAUGCCACUGUGCAAAGAACAGCAGAUCAUGCAGCGCCGGAAAUCACACUGGAUCCAUUAGAAAUAGUGGGAGGGGAGAUCCGUUCUUCAGAGAAUUCCUACUUCUGCCAGGCAGCUAGGCAGCUAGCCUGUGUGCCAUCCUCUCAGCUCUGUGUUAAACUAGCCAGUGGUGGGGAUCCCACCUACGCCUUUAACAUUCGCUUCACUGGAGAGGAGGUGCAUGGAACAAGUGGUUCCUUUCGUCACUUCCUGUGGCAGGUCUGUAAGGAGUUACAGAGCUCCUUGCUUUCCCUGCUCUUGCUGUGCCCCAGCUCUACAGUCAAUAAGAAUAAGGGGAAGUAUAUUCUGACACCUAGUCCUAUAACCUAUGCGGAAGAGCAGUUGCUUCAUUUCUUUGGACAGCUACUGGGCAUUGCAGUUAGAGCUGACGUUCCUCUUCCGCUGGAUCUCUUAUCCUCGUUCUGGAAGACCUUAGUAGGAGAGCCACUGGAUCCAGAUGUUGAUCUCCAGGAAGCUGACAUCCUUACCUACAACUAUGUCAAAAAAUUUGAAAAUAUAAACGAUGAGACUGAACUGGAGGCCUUGUGUGCUGAAAUUGCAUCCCAGCAUCUAGCGACAGAGAGCCCUGAUUGUCCUAACAAACCAUGCUGCAAGUUCACCUACCUGAGCAUGACUGGCGAAGAGCUGGAGCUGUGUCCUAGAGGCAGGCACAUUCCCGUAAUCUGGGAGAAUAAGGACAUGUAUGCAACAGCAAUCCGGAAUCUGAGGCUGCAUGAACUGCAGAAUCCUGACUGCAUGACGGCUGUGCGUGCUGGACUAGGAUCGAUUAUACCCCUGCAGCUUCUAACAACACUGACUCCUCUAGAAAUGGAGCUAAGGACGUGUGGGCUACCUUACAUUAACCUGGAGUUCCUAAAGGCGCACACCAUGUACCAGGUGGGGCUGAUGGAAACAGACCAACAUAUUGAAUUUUUCUGGGGUGCAUUAGAAAUGUUUACUCAGGAAGAACUCUGCAAAUUCAUAAAGUUUGCCUGCAACCAGGAACGAAUCCCCUUUACGUGCCCAUGCAAAGAUGGAGGGCCAGAUACUGCACAUGUCCCACCUUAUCCCAUGAAAAUUGCACCCCCAGAUGGAGCUGCAGGUUCCCCAGAUUCUCGGUACAUCCGUGUUGAAACGUGUAUGUUCAUGAUAAAGCUUCCUCAAUAUUCCUCUCUGGAUAUAAUGCUAGAAAAGCUCCGGUAUGCUGUUCACUACAGAGAGGAUCCACUUAGCGGCUGAGCUGGGCAAGACCAAGACCAGGGACGCUUUUGGGAGGCUUGUUUCAUGACUGCUCUGUUAGAAACCCUGUGAUUCACCUGAAAAUGCCUCCAGGGACACUACAUAAAGAAUUGGAGACUAAUUUAUUUUCUGAACUUUUGUUCCCAUUACAGUAAUUAUUGGAAGACUUACGUUUUGUAUUUGUAGAUUUUUGUGGUGGACUGGUUAUUUUGCUGCCUUGUUUGUGGAAUAUUUGUAGGAUAGUUUAGUACAGACCGGUUUGAUGUGUAUAAUUUAAUUUUAAAAGACCUUUGAACAUGUACACUUCUAAUUUUGUAAUUUAAAAUUGUGUUGCCCAUGCAAACACAACAAACUUAGCUAUUCUGAGGUUGAGAGCUCAGAUCUAAAUGAUUAGAGCUCAUUCUCCCUCUAAAACAUUUUUGAGUACAAAAAUAGAAUUACUUUUUAAAAGAUCACUUCACAUUUUCCAUAAAAUCAGAACAAAAUACCUCUCAUAUGAAAGCUGGGAGAGUUCGUUUUCUGUACUUGAUACACUGAACUUCCAGCACAUACACACUUCGGUUUUGUAACAGAAAAUAUGCUUCCAAAUUACAUGCGUUUACAUAUCCUGAAAUGUUCUUGAUUAUUUAAAUCCAAAUCAAACAGAUUGGUAACUACCACAGUAAAUAUCAGUGUUUUAUUUUCAAACUUUCCUCUUCAGAGUUGGAUAGGUGAAAAACCCCAAACAGUGAAGAACCAUGAUACAGUUAGGUCCUAAUCAAGACAUUCCUGGAUUGAAACUAAACCUACUAACAAAAAUUUCUUCACUGAUCUUUGACUUUUAAAUAGUGGAAGAAACAGAGUGGGUUCUCUCUAAAAUACCAUGUUCAGAAUAUUAACCAGUAAGUGAUUAAAGCACCUUUGAUUUGUUUUAUGUACUCAAAAAUGAUUUCUCUAAAAUGAAGCAAAUUAUUCUAAAAAUGUGACACUCCCUAGCAGGGGGACAAAGACACAAAGUUGCUGAAUUGAAGCUGUAGCUUCUAUUUUAUAUAGAAGGAUAAUGGUGGCAUACAGGGAGGUGACCAUUCUGUACGUUAAACUGUUGUAUGUUCUGGAAUGAGUUCUGCAGCGGUAAAACGCACCACAUCGAUCUUCCUUCACUAAUGCACACAAGCGGUGCCCUCUGUUGGGUGUAUUUAAAGUGCGGGAGCACUUUGCAAACCAUUUAGAACUGAACUCAUAUGAAAACCCUAUUUGUGCUCAGAAACCGAAGAGAACACUGACAUUACUGCUGUACGACUUGGCUCAGCACUAUCUGUAAGUUAAGUGCCAGUACUGAGCUGCAGAUUAGUCAUUUUCCUGCUGGUGCACAUCUAGCCACAUAAAGGUCUGGUAUUACGUGUCUCUUUAGGAGAGAGACAUACACUAAUUGUUUGGCUGGUCAGUUGUAAUGGGAAUUGAAAAGCUGUAUUUUUUUGUAUAUUAUUGUGAAUAUUGGGAAUAAUUAUGUGUGUGGUAUGUUUGGAGAGCAGGAUGUGUGAGAACAGAGAAAGCCACUAAGUGUGUAUGUGUGUGGUGUUCUGAGAGCGAAUGGAAAGGGGUGUGUGUGUGUGUAACAGCUGAAGUAGUAGUAGGUGGCAUACAAUGGCUCCAAAUCCUGUUGUUAGGAGAAUUGUCACCAUUCUAUAGCAUUCCCCUCCCCCUCUCCUCUGAGAAACAUGUAGGAAUAAUAUAUACUCUUGAAUCUUGUCCACUUUCUGGUAGAAGCAUAGAUAUAGAUGAAAUCAUUCCAAGUAAGGCAAACAUAUGUAAAGUUUACCAAGACCAGAGGAAAACUAAGCACGAUAUGUUGCUUGAAAUGCUUUAUUCCCAUCCAAAAAGUGCAUUCUCAAACAGAUGCUGAGCAAGGGGAACAUGAAGAAUGUCAUCUGAGUUUCAUAGCAGAACUACUGUUGCUGACAAUUAAAUGCUUUGGUUUUCUUUCUGGUGGUUUGAAUAGUAUUUUUGUACUGUUUAAGUAUCUCCUUUCAAACCCCUAACAACUUGAGUGGACUCAAAAUUCAGUGAAAUACCUCACUGGUAGGGGUUUGAGGACUUUAGUAUGCCAAUCCUUUCCAAUGAUAUGAUUACAGCUGUGAGUAAGAUAACUGCUGCUAAUGUUUCUGCUUCUCCUUCCAGAAAGCACAUGUGAGUAAAGCAUAUCACAUCUUGGCCCUGAAAUGUGUGCUGUAAAGUUACUUGAUAUAUAUUAUUUAUUAUAGUUAUUUAUGGUUGCAUUUAACAAACUUUUAGUCAAUGCUGUUUACACCCUGCUGUGUAAAUGAAGCUUCUUACUACAGGAAAAAUGUGUCAACAAUAAAUAACCUUCAUCUA